CUUCUUACGAGUCUCACGACAUCACCUAUGCGACCUAUCUCUGUGUUCCCAAGGCUUUUCGUGGGUGAUGGUGUUGUGGAGGAGGAUCCGUCAGAGUGGUUACGCGAAGUGCGCCUAUUCAGCAUCGGUCAUGAGGAAGAGGACCAACUGAAGAUAUUUGAGCUCUGCCUUGCUCCAGGCAGUCCUGCAAUGGCUUGGUUCGAUUCCUUGGACUCGCGCUCGCGCGGCUCAUUCAAAGGGCUGGUUUACGCGUUUCGAAAGGAAUGGCCUUCGGUGCCGCAUUUGCCGCUCCCGUCUUGGUUACCCCUAGAUCGGCUCGAGCAAUGUGUUUUGCGAGAGGAGGAUCUUGGACGAGACGUUAUAGAAGAGUCCACAGGCCUCAUUCUUCCUUCCCACGUUGCAUAUGCCAGGCGAAUUCGCCGACUGGCUGUUGCUGUGGACGUUGAUGACCCACAAAACCCUCCUCAACCCAACCUGGUAGCUGAUGCUCGUCGUCGCUUGCCAACUGCUUUGAGGGUUUGUGUGUCGAAGGGCAUUAAGACAUGGGAUGCUUAUGUUAUGGCGGUGUGUGACAUUAGUACCGCCGAAAUCGCAAAGGUGGCGGCUAAUAUGGCACGCGAACGUCAUGCCAAUGGGCAUCCUAAUGGUACAACAAAUGGGGCCGACCAUCGUCCUCGCCCGGCUCACGCAUACUCUGCGCCCACCACAAACGGUAGACAAUAUCCAAAUGGUCACGCCAAUGGCAACGGUUAUCAUGCGUCUUCCGAUCUACCCGCGCCUCAUAUUGUCUACCAGGCUGAUGAGGAAGGGGGAAGUUUCCCAGCAACUAACAUCAACCCCCAUAUCACUUCCCCCACGGAUCCCACUUUCCCUCGUAAUGAUUCUCCCUCGAUGUAUAGUGCCACUGGAGCAGCCCCGUACCAUCGCGACACACCCUCCGCACCACCAAUGGCAUCUCGUUCUUGGCUGUCGACUAGUACACACCGAUCCCCGCCUUCAUCGACAGCUGGGGUAUGGACACGAGGAUAGAUCACCCAGUCGUGUGGUAUGAAGUCAUCGGUACCU